UGUAGCUAAUGUCAUGGCUGCGGGCGUCUGCUGCAGUGCUCGGUAGCAGGAUUUCUGUUGGAAUAUCGCAGUUUUUCGGCUGUUUAAUCGAUUUUUUUCGCAAAUAACGACAGCGUCAAUGUCUUCAAUGGACUGGUACGCUCAUAAAACGCUGGAUAACGGCGUGUUUUGGAUCCAGGAGCGCUUUUACGAGUCGGGGAACAGGGCUAACAUCUGGCUCCUUCGCGGAUCCCACCAGGACGUGGUGAUAGACGCCGGCCUGGGCUUACGGAGCCUCCCCGAGUACAUCAGCUCCAAAGGCCUGCUGGGGGAAGACGCCAAGCGGAAAAAGCCCUUGCUGGCCAUCGGCACGCACGUCCACUUCGAUCACUCGGGUGGGCUGCACCAGUUUCAACAGGUGGGCGUGCACGAGGCCGAGGUCGAUGCCCUGGCCAAUGGAGACAACUUCGAGACGGUGACCUGGCUGUCUGACCGCGAGAUCGUGGAGAACCCGUCCCCUGGGUGGACGGCCAGGCGGUACAAAGUGAAGGCGGUGAUGCCUACUCACAUAUUACAGGAAGGUGAUGUCAUCAACCUCGGGGACCGACAGCUCACGGUGCUGCACAUGCCAGGCCACUCCAGAGGCAGCAUCUGCCUCCAUGACAAGGAGAACAAGAUGCUCUUUAGCGGUGACGUGGUCUACGACGGCUCCAUGAUCGAUUGGCUGCCCUACAGUGCCGUUGGCGACUACGUUCGCAGCUGCGAGAGGCUGGUAGAGAUGGUGGACAAAGAGGAGGUGGAGCUGGUAAUGCCCGGCCACUAUAACACUUUCGGAGCCAAGAGGCUACACCGCCUGGCUACCAACUACAUCUCCAGCGCUGGAGCCUGCCAUAAGGUCUCCACCUGUGCAGUGAAAUCUGUCGCCAGUCUGGCACUGCGUUUCUCCAACUCCUGCAUCUGUUAGGAGAACUUUAGGACUUUAUGCAACAAUAUAGAAAUAAAACAUAAAGGUGUCGCAAAUGUUCUUGGAAAACCACUUUUGGUUUUCUUAGGAACUGAUUUUAGGCACCUUUAUUUUUUUUUAAAGAGUGAAUGCAGAACACUACCAGACAACUCGCCUCAAUACUGAGCAAACCACUGAGCAAUAUUGUUUAAUAUAUUCUGAGCCUUUGGUGGAGUGGAGAGAAGAUGGUAAUAUAUACAGAUUAGGGGUUUUGCUGUGUACUCAAUUGAUUUGGAUUUAAAAUCAAUUAGAUUAUUAGAACUCAACAGAAGAAAAUUAUAUUAUACCAUCACACAGGGUUCGUACGGUCAUGAAAAACCUGAAAAAGUAAUACAAUUUGAAAACAGCAAUUUUUCAGGCCUGGAUAAGUUUAAGAAAAACAAAAAUACCCAGAAAGUUUUGGAAAAAUUAUAAAAAGUUGGUCUACAAAUCUUUGUGUUUCAGUUAAUCGAAGAAGAUCUAUUUUGAGCUAACAAAUACAUCAGCUCUCAAGAUCUGACACACAUUGUAAUAUUACAAAAAAUAGCGUCAACAGUUUAUCUGAUUCAUUUAAGACCUGCUAUAAUCAAUUUUGAUUAUAGUUUUAGUUUAUUUUCCAUGUUUACUGCACUGAUGUUUUAAAAAUCGUGUGGUCAUGACAAUUUGCCUUGAAGGCAUGGAAAAGUCAUGGAAAUGUAUUGGUUAAAAUAGGGUAUAAACCCUGAUUAUAAUUUUAUGGCACCAUUUUACAUUAUUUACACCUUAAUUAACUCUAAAUGUUACACUCUGUAACCCACACCUUAAAUUAACUAAAUUAAAUUAGAUCUAACCCUAAACCUCUUGAAAAUCAAAUGAGACUCAACAGCACUUGAGAGGUUUUUAUGAUUGAAAAAUAAUCGAGUUCUACUGAUGUAGAGUCUUACUUGGUCUAUUCAAGCCAAUAUCAUCAGACAACCAACUUGUAUCGUGAUUAUGCCUAGUACAUAACUAAUUUCUGGAUAUUUUAGUAUUAUUUAUUGUUUGAAAAAUGAAAUGCUAUAUUGUUCUUUUGCUACAAAAUUAUCUUCCUAAAAUAAUUUUAAAGUAAUUUGUAAAUCAUAAGCAAAGCAGAAGUUUACUUUGUAUGUGAAAUCUAAAGAGAGUACAACACUGCCAUCUAGUGUCUUCCAUCAAUCCUUGCAUGUAAAAUGUAAUUUAAAGAGCUAUAGUUACAUUUUUAUAAUUUAUUUAUUUAUUUGUUUUUUUUUCUCUCUUUUUAAUUCACACGUGCUUCAUGACUUCAUGACUGAGCACUGUUCGAUUCUUUUGACUUGAAAUUUCCUCAGAGAAAGUGUUCAGGUAAGUUAUCUCAGCUAAAAUUACUAUCCUUAGCAUUUAGCAUUUAGCUUCCUAUCCUUAACAUGCAAUACAUAAAAAAAACUUUAAUAUAUUAAUUAAAAUCAAGCUUUUUAAAUUGAAAGGCUUGCUUUCUCAUGUUUGAUACAAGUUAGAAGUAGUCUCCUGUUUGGCAAAUGCCUGGUUUCUACUGGAACUGAUGUACCUAUAGGAUGUCUCCUCAGUGGCUAGCAUUUCUCCAUGUAGCUUUCCUGUUUUACAAAAUGGUGUCCAAACGAAAUGCAGAGGAGUUAGCAUUCUUCAAGCUUUAAAAAUCCAAAUUAUUUGAGUACACAUCACUUCCACAAUCUUCCGCAACCUUACUAAACCUUAAAAACCUUAAUAAAUAUCAAAACAAACAAAAAAGUGCUACAGUAUUGUGCUCAGUAUGACUGAUAAAGUAAAAGUAACGGCAGUUGUUGAAUAUAGCAUAGAACGAUAAGGAAGCAGGUUUUGAAAGUGUUCGAAUAUUGUGCAGAUGUUUUGUGGAUGUUUAUACAGUUUGUGAGAUGUGGAGAUGUUCCAGUAGAUUGUUGUGGAUUUGGAAGAGAGAUGAGGGGUGUGAUGAAAUGGUUGUAGUUAGCAUUUAAUAACUUUUGCGUACCGAAUUGAAUGUAGAGUUAUUUCUGUGUUUACUCUGACUGAGAGGGAGACCUAAGUGUCCCUCAACUAAUGAAAAUGGCAUUUAAGAAAAAUGAGAUUACAAUAAGAAUGAAAUAUGGGUUUAAUAGACGGUUUGUCUGAUGCUAAUGUCGCUAACAGUGAAAGAAAGUAGCUAGCCAACAAUAAGCAUUACAUAUAAAUGGCACUAAACUGACUUGUAACUUCUAGCUGCUGUUUUUAUAAUUGUUAGCGACAUUAGCAUGUAUGUCUGAGGUAAUUAUUUGAACAAAAUGGUUUUUUAGAACCAGGAACGAGAGAACAUGUACAGAUUGACAAUCUCUGAGCUAUAUUUACACUGGUCGUUCUUUCUUAAAUGUCUGAAAAGCAUAAAAACAAAGUUAAACUACCUGAAGUAAGAGAGCGGGUGAAGCUUUUUGCUUAUUUAGUGUGCCAAAGCUAGCUUAGCAUACACCACUUGAGGAGCACAGCCACUAUCAGUAAAGUAAAAAGUAAAAAUGUCUGAAUGGUGGUCAGCAAUGAAAAGCAUGAAUAUAUGUAUCAGUAUUUAAUAACAAAUUAUAACUUGAACACUCUUCCAUUUUUAGCAUUUUUGACUGUUUUCACAAGUGUGAUUUAUUGAGUUCAUUGUAAAUUGGACUUUUAAGCUGCUAUUGAGUUUUCUUAUAGGUUAUAAAAGCUAAUAUACAUUCCUGUAUGUCCAAUAGUUUGUAGACACCUGCUCUGCCAGUGUUCCUUCUGAACUUAUUUAAUAUCAAUUAUUAAUAUCAUUAAUAUCAAUUUUACCCCCUUUUGCUAGUUGUUGGAACAUUGUUCUGAAGAUUUGAUUGCACUCCACCACGUACAAACUUUUAGACAUAUUUAGUGGAUGUUUUUUCUUCUUCUAUAUCUUCUAUAUUUUACAGCUCUGGAAAAAAAUUAAGAGACUACUAAAGUUCUAAUUUAUAGAUAUCUGUUUAAAUACAUUAAACGUUUGAUUCUCUAAACUAUGGACAACAUGUCGCCCAAACCCCCCCCCCCAAAUUUUUUUUAGAACAUUUCUUUGCAGAGAAUGAGAAAUGGCUGAAAUAACAAAAAAAGAUGCAGACCUCAAAAUAUGCAAAGAAAACAAGUUCAUAAUCAUAAUGUUUUAAGAGUUCAAAAAUCAAUAUUUGGUGGAAUAAACCUGGUUUUUAAUCACAUUUUUAAUGCAUCUUGGCAUGUUCUUUUCCACCAGUCUUACACACUGCUUUUGGAUAACUUUAUGCCACUCUUGGUGCAAAAAUGCAAGCAGUUCUUGGUAAAAUCAAAGAUACUCAUCAUUUUAAAGUGGCCUCUAAUUUUUUUCUGAGCUGUAUAUACUGAAAUGUAUAGAAACUGCACAGUGAGUUUAUUCGCCACUUUUUGUUUCUAAACAUAUAAGCACAAACAUGAGCCUGCCUUGUUUUCUUAACAUUCCAAAGUAGCAGCAUUUAUCAUGCAAAUACAUAUAAUGUAGAAUUUUAUAGCAAACAGAAGGUGAACAAGAAUGAAUGCAGUGGGUCUAAACAGUUAUUAAACUGCUUAUAUAUUAUACAGUGGCAUGCACAAUUUAAGCACCCUUGGUCAACAUUUAAUUUAAUUUCUAUCAGAAUAAAUGGUUAAGUUUAUUAAACAGUGAAAAAAAAAUUCAAACGGCAACUGUUAAGCAUGGGGGUGGCUGGAUCAUGGUUUGGGCAUAUUAUUGUUGCAGCCAGUGGCAGGGGAUCCACUUUGCAGGUAGAGGGAAGAGUCAAGAAUCAGUUAAUAUUUACAAAUUAUGGAAGCAAACCUCCCAACUUUUGUUUUGCUACCGUUAAAGCUGUUAAUCAGUAAGAGACAGCAAUGUGAUGUAUAUAAUAACAGAGGGGCUAUAGUUUUAAUGUACUGCAAUGUACAGUAUUGUGAUAUUGUACCCAAAAUGAUAUUCUUAUUCUGUUGAAGAAAAAAAUUGGAAAAUUGUCAUAAUGUCAUAAAAUCUAAUUAAUCUAAGUAAAAAAAAAAGUUUAUGUACCUAAAGACAACAGAUCACUGCCAUCUAAUAUUAAAAAAUCUGCACUUGAAUUUGAAAUUUGAACAGUAAAAUAUUUUUUAACCAGGGUUGCUAAAUGUUUUCAUGCCACUGUGCUGUGUAGAGAAACUUGCCUUACAUGCUCACAGAAAGUUGCGCUUUUCUGUUGCCAUACUCCUUCAUGCUGCUUUGUAUUAUACCUAAAAUAAAUGAUUGAUUAAUUAAUUAUUGUGAAACACAUAUUAACCAUAGACAGCACAUUUCACAAAGAGAAAUGAGAACAUGUGUACUACUGAAUGGAAUAUUGAAAAGUGUAUGUAAAUAAUAAUUAUAUUAAUGUGUUCUGUACUGUAAAUGCUAAAGCUUGUAUAUUGGACCUUGUUUCUGCUCAGGAAUCCUAUAUAUGUAUUCAGGUGCUCUGAGCAGAGCCGUAUCAAAUACCAACACCGUAUUCAGUGCCUCUCCGAGUAUUAUCCAACUAAUACCUCACAACGCUGUCGCUGCAGCUGAUGGAAUAUGCAGGCACCUUGUUUCACAAUAUACUGGCUUUCAAUUCUCAA